CAGUCGCGCGUGUCGCGUUGUGAAAUAUUCAUUAUUCGUGGGAUCUCCACACCAGCCAGUCGACCAAUGGGCAACCUCUCACGGUGCAGUAGGAGUCUGGCAACAACAGAGAGAACGAGAAGAAGAGAAGCAAGCUAAAUCUACGAAAUGGACACAUCGGAUCCAUCCGCGCACUCCGGUGCGCAUGGACAUACAUGACUGCUUUUUUGUCUUUUGCACUCAGUGAUGCAAAAAAUGUUUUUUCUUCAUUUCGAAUUUUGCUGCAAUCUUGGCCAUGCGCUGCGUCCUACAAUGUUUCUGUUGAAGCGUUCAGAAUAAAAAACAGGAUCACGAUAUGGAUAGUGUGACUUGGGCUGCAAUGGUCGGAGACGGCGCAGCCAACAUGACAGCUGCUCAUAUCUGGCUGAGUGUCCUCAAUUCCUCCAGCCAUCCACCCGCCGAGGGGACAGCGCUGGACGACCGAGACCAGCUGAUCCGGGAGCAAGCCUACCGGGACUUCACCACUGCCGUCCAGGUUCUCAUCCUCAUAGGGUCGCUACUCGGAAACGCCACCGUCGUGUGGUGCACCUGCUCCACAAACGUCUUCAAAUCCGUAACCAAUCGCUUCAUCCAAAACUUGGCUUGCACGGGCAUCUGCGCCGGACUGGUUUGCGUUCCCUUCGACGUGGCGCUGGGUUCCAGUCCUCAUUGCUGCUGGUGGCUUCACACGCUCUUACUCUGCAAGACCAUCAAGUUCCUUCACAAACUCUUCUGCUCGGUCACUGUGCUCAAUUUCAGCGCCAUUGCGCUCGACAGAUACUAUUCAGUGCUAUACCCACUGGAAAGGAAGAUCUCAGAUGCAAGAUCCAGGGAUCUGGUCAUCUACAUUUGGGUCCACGCAGUGGUGGUGAGUCUCCCCGUGUUUGCCGUGACCAACGUCACCGACGUGUACGUGACGUCGUCCUGCUCAGAAGACCACGCCCGUUCCCUGGGGCACACGCUCUAUGUGUUCGUUUACAACGUCACCACGGUCAUCCUCCCUCUGGCGUUGGUUUUCUUCUUCAUGCUGCUCAUCCGGAGAGCGCUCAGCGCUAGUCAGAAAAAGAAGGUGAUCAUCGCAGCCUUGCGGACGCCGCAGAACAGCAUCUCCAUCCCGUACGUGUCUCAACGGGAGGCCGAACUGCACGCCAGUCUCCUGGCGGUCGUGCUGGCUUUCACUGCCUGCAGCGCCCCCUAUGGGGCGUUAGUUGUCUAUCGCACACUUUUGGUAGACCCCAAAGAGGUGCCGGCAUCUCUGUAUCUCACAGCCUUAUGGCUUCCUAAGGUGUCCCUCCUCACCAACCCGCUUUUGUUCCUGACUGUUAAUCGCUCGGCACGCCACGGUUGCCUGGAACUGCUAGCCAGGAUCCAGAGACGCUACAGCCGACGGAACAUGGUUAGCACAGGGGCUCUGGCGUCUCUGGGCGGGGAGGUUGUGAUAGGAGAACCGGUAGGACUGGAGACAGCGGGUCGUUCUGGAAGCCAACUUCUGGAGAUGUUCAACAUCGGACAACAGCAUAUUUUCCGGCCCUCCGAGGAAGAAGAGGAAAAUGUAGCCAACGAGAUCCCGACUCAGGGGUUAGAUGAGGAUCAGGAGAACGGAUCUCGACAAAGAGGCGUCCGGGCACACGGAAUGACCAAAAACGAUCUGUUGCAGAGACACGGAGGCGGGCUCACAAAUGACGACACCCCCCCCUUGGCGGCGCCGCGCUCAUCUCCAGUUCACACGUGCGCUUAUACCUCCUCGUCACAGGUGGCGCCAGCUACGCUUCCAGAAACAAAAGACCCAACCCAGUUUGGGUUCGGACCCUUUGAAUUGCCCCCUCAAUGGUUACCUGAGACCAGGAACAGCAAGAAGAGGUUGCUUCCGCCAUUGGGUAACACACCCGAGGAGCUCAUCCAGACCAAGUUGCCCAAACCGCGGCCCGAAAGGCGAAUAAGCAGGAAUAAUAAGGUCAGCACCAUCUCGGCUGUUGACCCUUGAACUCUGCAUAAAAUAAAAAAAUGCACUUCAACAGCGGGACUGGGUCUAUGCAGAAUGUCCUGCUCUCUUUGGGCCGCACCUAAACCUGUUUACAUUUUUCACAAUAUAUUAAAAGUGGCACUGCUCGAAUAAACUCGAUAUGAAACGUCUUUGUACAGUACAUUUUGUUUUGCCGUGUCUGCUUGUCCGAUCAAUACAAUCAAGUGUUCUGUCACUGUGAUGGAGGCAUAUUUUGAUAAAUCAGCAUUUUUUAAAACAUUCUAACAAUGUACCAUGUUUAAAAGAUCUUAUGUAGUAGAUGUUGUCAUCGUUUGUACUUUUUGUGUCAGUAAUUGCUGAUGUACAUUAUGCAAAUACAAACAACAAACCCUGAGCUUUUCAGAUCUUCUGUUGUGUAAUUGGAGCAGGCAAAUCGUCGAGGUUGAUACUGCAAUUCAACUGUCAUCGGAUGUUAUUGAUUUUCCUCAGGCUUAAAAAAAAAAAAAUCAAUGUCGCUCGGCACACAA